AUGGAAGACAGAGACUGGAGAAAUCAAACAGAUGUCAUGGAAUUCAUCCUCCUAGGAUUCGGGGAUCUCCCUGAACUGAAAAUUCUUCUCUUCCUGAUGUUCCUAGUGAUCUACAUUGCAACCGUGACUGGGAACAUUCUCAUCACUGCACUAGUUGUGGCUGAUCAGCACCUUCACACCCCCAUGUACUUCUUCCUAGGGAACUUGUCCUGCUUGGAGACCUGCUACACCUCAACCAUCCUGCCCCAGAUGCUAUCAAAUCUUCUGACUGGGGACAAAACCAUCUCAUUCAGUGGCUGCAUCAUACAAAUGUAUUUCUUUGGUUCUCUGGUAUGUACAGAAUGCUAUCUCCUAGCAGUGAUGUCUUAUGAUCGGUAUUUAGCGAUAUGUAAACCCCUGCACUAUUCAACUCUUAUGAAAACCAGGUUUUGUCUCCAGUUGGCUGCUGGGUCCUGGUUAAAUGGUUGUUGGGCUAGUACCAUCUUUGUCUCAUUCCUAUCACAGUUAACAUUCUGUAGCCCGAAUGAAAUUGACCAUUUCUAUUGUGAUGUCAUCCCAUUCAUGGAACUCUCCUGCAGUGACACACACUGGUUCGUAUUGUUCCAUUUCAUCAUAUCCUGUGUAUUCAUCCUGCCUCCAUUCCUACUAACCCUGACAUCCUAUGUGUGUAUCAUUGCCAGCAUCCUGAGUAUCCCUUCCACCGCUGGGAGACAAAAGGCCUUUUCCACCUGCUCCUCCCAUCUCAUUGUGGUGACAAUUUACUAUGGAACCCUAAUGAUUGUCUAUGUGCUUCCAAAACACAAUACAUUAAGCCUCUUGAACAAAGUGCUCUCUCUUUUCUACACAGUCAUGACUCCCCUGGUAAAUCCCCUCAUCUACAGCCUGAGAAACAGAGAAGUCAAAGAAGCCUUGAGAAAAGCGAUAGUUUUUUUACGCCCCUAAACAUGAAAUGGAGGAUCCAGCUGGAGCUCAGGACAGUGUUGUCCGUCUAACUGGAAGGACCAGGGAGGGAAGUGGCCAUAACCACAUUCCCAUCAUGGAGUUUUCAAC